GCCGGGGCGGGCGGCGUCCAUGGAAACCGGGAGCACGCCAAGCGCCGCCCUCCUCGCCGCCGGCCGCCGCCGCCAUGAUGCUGCUGGGGCGCGGGUUGGAAGCCAGGGACAAUCAGACUAGACAAAUACAAGAUGCUGUUUCAAAUGUGGAAAAACAUUUUGGUGAAUUGUGCCAAAUAUUUGCUGGAUAUGUACGAAAAACUGCCAGACUACGAGACAAAGCAGAUCUUCUUGUAAAUGAAAUCAAUGCAUAUGCAGCCACAGAGACACCAAACUUAAGACUUGGACUGAAAAACUUUGCAGAUGAAUUUUCCAGACUUCAGGACUAUCGCCAGGCAGAGGUUCAUAGGCUUGAAGCCAAGGUUGUUGAACCUCUGAAAAGCUAUGGGACCAUAGUGAAACUGAAAAGGGAUGAUCUUAAAGCAACUUUAACUGCAAAGAACAGAGAAGCCAAACAGUUGUCUCAGCUGGAAAAGACACGUCAGCGGAACCCUUCAGAUCGACACAUUAUUUCACAGGCUGAAACUGAACUGCAGAGAGCUUCACUGGAUGCAACUCGAACAAGUCGGCAAUUAGAGGAAACCAUUGAUAAUUUUGAGAAACAGAAAAUAAAGGACAUAAAAAACAUAUUUUCUGAAUUUAUAAAUAUUGAAAUGUUAUUCCACGGGAAAGCUUUAGAGAUCUAUACUGCUGCAUACCAAAUCAUCCAAAACAUUGAUGAAAAUGAAGAUUUAGAGGUUUUCCGGAGCUCACUUUAUCCACCAGACUACCAGUCUCGCUUGGACACCAUUCGUGCAAAAUCCAAGUCCCCCCUGCUAAGAACUGACUCCUUAAAAUCUUCACUGAGGACAAUCCAGAUUUCUAGCAGUAUGCUAAGAAAAGAUGAAGACGAUGAGGAGGAAGAAGAUGAUGAUGAGGAAGAGGAGGAAUUAGAUGCUACUAAAGAAGUGAGAUAACAAAACUGUUCUAACAGUGUGGGGGAGGGAGGGGGUUUGGCUUGAGAGAAAAAGAAUAUUUCCCUUUAUGUGUGUUCAUUAGAAUCUUCACUGAGGGAUUUUUAAAAUUCCACUGGGAGCAAGAAUUGGCACUGGUAGGACAGUGCCAGACAACAAAUGACCAGUUUCAAACAUGGAACAGAGUCUGCUGAAAAUGGAUCAUUUCCAUAGCUAGAGAACAGAAAAUCUUUAAAUAGAAUCCUGCAUUGUAUUUGCUUAGCUGUUAUAUUGCAGUCACAUUUGCUUAAACUCAUAUGAUGGAGUGUCCAAAAGCUGCAGUAAGCUGACAAGCAGUUCUGAACAGAAGGGAUUUUCUGUUACUUUGCCAAUGUACCUUAUUCUCUGCCUACACACCUCUUGGAUUUAUUAAGUCCUCCAGCUAUAUCUGCCAUAAUUGCUUUCAUCCAUCCUAAAGUAACUGCACUACCAAGAAACUAAUUACAGCAACAAUCCUGUUAGCUGUCAGUUUGUGUCCCACCUUGGGUGGCAGAAGGCAGGGGGAGGUGUAUGUUCUUCUCACGCUCAUUUUCUUCAGGCUUGACUUCUUUAUGCAUACAGAAUGAACAUUCACCUAGCCCAGCAUCAACUUCCAAUGCUGCUUUGCUUUUAAAUAAAAGUGCCUUCAUAAUAAAACUAGCUGAUAUUUUAUAUAGUUGACAUGCUCAAGUUCCAUGCAUUUAACUGGUUGAUUCAAUUACCAGUUCUCCUCUUUGGAGAUGGUACGCAUGUUCAUUUUUGAAUAGCAUACAACUGUGUGCCAGAAUGCUGCUACCAUUUUGUUUCUCUCCAGCUUUAGUAUCUGCUAAAGAAUGUAUAAAUCUAGAAUUUAAGAACUUGUAACUGGGAAAACAGUCUUCAGUUAUAACCAAAUACUGUUUGUUACAAAAAUAAAUCAGGAAGUGCAUUUUUAA